UUAAUGGCGAAACAUUCGUCUUCAUCGAUUAUCGUUCGUCAUUUCGUUUAAGGAUCUUUGUGUUGGGGGUCGAUUCGAUAGAGAUCGAAGCAGUUAUGCCAGGAGGAGGAGGAGGUGCGCUCAAGUCCUUGAAGCCAAAGAUCCAAUCGGUGGAUAUACAAGCCGCCGCGGGAUGGGGUAUCGCCGCCGCAGCCGGCGCCAUAUGGGUCGUACAACCAUUUGAUUGGAUAAAGAAGACUUUUAUUGAUAAACCCGCAGCUGAGGAGAACUGAACUGAACAAAGAAGUGCGAGUUUUUCUUCUUUUCUGGGGCUUUGUUUGUUUGUUGAUUCAUGUAGACCUGCUCUGUCUUUCUCUUAAAUGUUAUGAUGACAUGAGAAAGCUUUGAUUUUUUACUUGUUUGUUGUUAUUUCCAUAUGAAGUAUAUA